AUGCAAGUCAUCGACGUCCCCACUUCGACUUUACAGGCUCCCCCUAUGGCGACACCGUCCAUUGGUCCUGACGCCAAAUCAUACACUAUUAUUCGUAUCAAAAGAAAGAGGAAUGAAGAACCACUGGAUGCAUUAGUUGUUGAAUCGCGAGUCCGGCGGAAAAAGUCUCGAGGUGGCAUAGGUGUCUUCCAAUACGCCCAAACAGUUGAGGACGAUGUUUGGGAUGAUAUGAACAGGAGAAAAGACAUACAGGAAAAUAUAUCAAAUCUAGCUCGCGAAACCGCGGCAAAACUGGAAUCGAAUGCCACAUUACCGUCUAUCACUGAAGUUCCACCGUCCCCUAUUUCACGGAAAACUCAAGAAGAAGUUGCUCGUAGAUAUACUAUCGUUGAUCAGGCAGAUCCGAUCCAGGCUGCCAGACGCUUGCCAGCAGCCCCGCCGAAAGUUUUAUCUUCUAAGGAGGUUGCAAAAAACAAAGCAUUGGCCGACUUUAAGAUGUACGACGCCAUUCCAACUGACCAGCAGCCAGCAAUCAUGGAAGAGCCUUCAGAGAUGGAUAAAUUUCUCCCGAUGUUAAAUGAUUAUUUGAAAAUUCAUAACUUGAACUCGACUGCCGACAAAGCUUUGUCGCCUCUCACUAGUUCGAAGUUAAAUGAAACAAAGAGCAAUUCACAGACAUCAUCGGACGAUGAUUAUGUUUGGGAUGUUUUCUAUCAUCGACCAGCAACUUUGAGUGAAUGGAAUGAGGUUUCAAAUAUUGCUUCUGUGCACGUAUAUUGUACUGGACUUCCACCAUCCUUCGGAGAUGGCUAUGACUCCGACGAAGAAUCCGAUGAAGAGGUAGAUGAGGCAGAUGAAGACUCAAAUGCCGAGGAGUAUUAUAAAAAUGAUUACCCCGAAGACGAAGACGAAGACGAGAGCGACAGUGGGGACGAAUUCCAUGAUGACUCUGAUUACGAUGACAUGAUGGACUAUCGAAAUAGCGCAGAGCAAUUCAACUUUUGA